AGGUUUAAUGCUGGUAGGAUUAAAUUUAAAUUAUCACAAUCAGGCCGGUUGCAGAAUGUUGUCUACAAUAGACCUUGCAAGCUUAAAAUAGAUGUUUUGUAAGAUCUCAUUCAAUAAGGCCUUGGGAUGAUAUAUCAGAUGUUUCUCUUCUUUUACAAAAUCAAAAAUAAACUAAUGGUAAAAAUGUCAUGAAUCUUUGACACAAUCCUUGUGAAGCUCAGCCUUAGCUCAAAAUCAAAAUAUGGACUCAUCAAAGCUUUUCUAUAUCUACAUGUCAUCCUGCGAACUUAUUGAGUGAUGCCCUAAGUCAAAUUUUCGCUCUUGAUAUCUUCGCCCAAAGUGCAAGUAAAAGCAAGUAAUAAUAUUAUAGUCGGUCAAGGCUGACUAUUGGAUAUCACUUUGUCUCGUUUCGUUAAUAGUACACCAGAUUUUACGCAUUAUUUUAAUGCACUCGCCUACUUUUUAUGCGAGACCCAAAUUGUGUAGCAACCGCAAGGCGUGACCCAAGGUUAGUAAAAUUAUUUAUUCUCUAAAAAUGUUAUUAUUUUUCAGUUUCCGGUAUAAAAAACGAGAAUAUCGACUUUCUCUUCGUAUAAUGGCGUGCGUUCCAUCAUAAUACCUAUAUAUGGUAGGGUCUGAAAAAUAGACCUACGUGAUCCAAAUUCUCCAACGAAUCCAAUACACGAUGCAUCUUAUAAUGAAUAAAAACACAGUGCAAUUCACAUUUUUUCGACAUUUUCAACGCGAAUUGAAUUGAAACAAUUCGAAAUCCAAAUACUCUUAUGAUAGUGAUUUGUAAAAAUCUGGUUAAACAAUUAGUACGUGAACGAUUUGCAAAAAAAUGAGACGAAAAGCGGCAAAAAAUUCCAAAUUUUUGAAACCAAAUUUCCAAACAUCAAAAUUCCUUCAACGAAAACGAGAACAACACACUUUAUGGUGCUGGCGUAGCAUAGCAAUGGAAUAUUUAACGAUUACACUAUUGCUGCUCCUCUUGAUAAAUUUUACCGAAUGUGUCCAAGACAUAUCACAAAUAUCACCAAAAUCCAACAGUCAUAUUCAUGGAUCUUUAGCAAAUCCAUUGAUUAGCAGGUCAAAGGUCAAACUAGAAACUACAAUGCGUGAUUUUUCAACUAGACAUGCUCCCGAACCACAAGCUAGCCUAGAUAAUGAUACGCGAGAGCAUACUCGUGUAAUGCGUUCGGCUCAGCCUAUUUUGAAUGAUAAUUAUCCGAAAAUUGGCCCUAAUAAUGUUAACUUUCCAGGCGAGAGUGAAAAAGAGGCCGCAGCUGGUCGUUAUUUCCAAUAUAAUAUAAAGCCGACCGGAACAUUGGAAAUGGAAAAAAAUAGCUUUGAGCCUACGCAAAAAGUUCGUAGUGGGAAAACUUUAAAAUCAUCUAGUUUAGAUGCUAGAACGACGACCGGUUCUUUUUUAGUAAAUGGGGACCUUCGACAAAUCACGUCGGGGUCCCUCAUCAAUCCAACGACGAGUAUUGCGACCUCGACAGUAGCUACUGCUACAGCGAUAGCUCAUAAUGCCCGUCAAAAUCCUAGCCCUGAUAUUCAAGACAUUAUAACUGGUAUUGUUAAAUUAUUAAAUGGAAACGUCAAUGUUCAUGCCAAUACACAAGGCAUACGUCGACCAACCGCUAGUCGUAUCAACAAUCGUGGUCCACCGCGUAUUUCUGACGUUCAAACAAUGCCAUUGGAGUAUGAUGGGCAUAAGCCAUCAGGUGGAGUAACCUCUAUACGCCCUCCCCCCUAUCCAUUUGAUCGACCUGAUCGACCUUUUAUAACCGGCGUACCGAUACCAGAACAAAUCGUACCAUAUCGUCCAAAUUUCGUAAGUAAUCGUCCGCCAUGGCAUCGUAAUAAACCUAGGCCGCCAAUUAGCACAACAUCGGUAGGCGGUCGACGCCCUAUACCCCAAUACAAGCCUUUACCAUCACCUCAAAUGCAACCACCUCAAGAAGAAGAGCAUAUCUCUCGCCUUCCUGCUACCCCAUCAUCACCUAUGAACGAAGAGAUUCCGAACGAAGAGGAAGACGCUGAACAAUCGGCAGAUAAUCCUCUACCUACGGACACAACUUUCGAUUCGGAAUUUUCAAACGAAGAUCUUAACACACAAUACAUUGAAGUGUCGGACAACGACGGUGAAGCUGAAUUUUCUAAUAAACCUGCGGACGAAAUAAAUGAAGAAAUACAGUCACCAUCCUCUCCACCAAAGAAAGAAGAAAUGACUGCAAAAAAGAAACCCAAUAAACACAAAAUACAAGACAAGAAAAAACAAACAAUCGUUGCGGAGACAACGCAAUCUGAAAUUCAUUCCUCGUCUACCUAUACUCAUCUGGCAGUGCCUGUAGAUGAAGAUAUAAAUAUCGAUCAUUUAACCGAAGAAGAGGUAAUUUUUAUGACCUCAAGCAAAACGCCUGAGCUUCAAAGCGCUUUAAUAGAACCAACGACUUCCGCCUCGCAACCGUCAAUUACUUCGGCAACCGUUUCUACGAUUUCUACGGAACCGCUUCUCGUAAAUGAUUACGAUUCGGCUGAUUUUAGCGGCAUAACUAAUUUAACAUACUUACAAAGUGAAAUAACGCCAACAACAGUAACCCCAAUUCCCCCACCCUCUACUACUGCUACUACUACUUCAUAUUCCAGAAUUACUACUAUUACUACCUCAACUACUAUUUCUACUACCACCGAAGCUAUACCACAAUCCUCUAAUGUCCACCCAACAACGCCCACUCUCCCAACUCAGUAUCAAUCACGUCCGGGUAUUGUACUAGAUGAUCCUGAAUUUUUGCCAGGAGGUCGUCCACGUCCAAAACGUCCUUUACAACAACCAAAACCAUCAUCCCGUCCGCCAAUUUCUCACGUUAACAUACAACCCACGCGCCAACAUUUACCACCCGGUUAUGGUGAAAUAUUCGAUGUAACACUUUCGGCUAUUCAAGGACCUGGUUCGAAGGGUGGUUCCCAGCAAACUAUCAACAUAAAGCCAUAUGGUUCCUAUGGUGGAUCCGAUGUAAUAGUAUCCGCUUCAGGUGAACAAAAUUUCGUCUCGAUCGAUGGUAAGCGUACUUACAUCAAUUUCUUUGGUGAUCCCACAGGUGUCCCUAUUGGUACUCAAACCAGCCCAGCGACUGCAACAAUGAUACCAUCUCAAACGUCAACAACUCCAAAUAAAACGCCGAGUGACAGCAUUAGUAGUAGUAGUAGUAGCAGUACUGGUAGUGGAGACAACAACGAGCUUGAAAACUUAGAAACGCCUACAUCCGGGCCAAAUUAUGGUGUAGCUGAAACAGAGAUUGUGGAUUUUCAAGUGACCCAAGCUCAUAGUUUCAAACCUAAGCAAGCGGUCUCGACUUCGACAACUGCAGUAUCGUCCUCUCGCCCUCAUUACAGACCACGAACCACACAGCCGCCGGUACGUAUAGAUACAUGUAUCGUAGGUGACGAUUCAACAUGUGAUCAAGCUCAACAUGAAUACUGCAAAACGGAAAAUGGCGUUUCAAGUUGUCAUUGUAGACCAGGCUAUUCAAGGCGUAAACAUCGAGAGCCUUGUCGCCGCGUAAUAACUUUCUAUAUAAGUAUGAGAAUUGAUCGUAUUUAUGAGCAUCGUAUUGUUUGGGACAAUAAAUUAGCUGAUCGCAAUAGCGACCCCUAUGGGCAACUGAGUUACGAAUCUAUCCGCGCUAUUGAUUCUGCCAUGUCUAUGACACCGUAUUCAGAUGAAUUUAUGGAGGCCCGUGUGAAUAAUAUUUACCGCAGUGAACCCAGUCUAGGCGGUAGCGGAGUUUUUGUUAAUUUAACUAUUAAGUUGGAUGAAAGCGUGGAAACGUUACGACCAAACUUACGUAGUGAUGUCCAGAAACAUUUAUUAGGAGUUUUGCAUAGGCGCAACAACAACAUCGGCAAUUCAGUUUUAUAUGUAACCACACCCGAAGGAGCAAUAUCUGCGUUACGCGAUCUCAACGAAUGUCAGUCGCAGCAUUUAAAUGAUUGCCAUCCCAGUGCUACUUGCAGCAACUCAUGGGGUAGUUUUCGUUGUCUUUGCCCGCCUGGUACCCGGGAUCCAUGGGCUGAUCAACCUUAUCGAGCUGGACGGGAAUGCCAGUCGUGUCCGGAUACCUACUGCAAUAGCCAUGGUACCUGUGGUUAUAGCAACGACGGAAACCAAAUAUGUGUCUGUGAUUCCAGUCAUUACGGUGGUCAAUGCGAAAUAGAUGGUGAAGUUUUGGGUGUCGCUAUUGGAGCUUCAGUGGCUGCUGUGGUUAUUAUAGUUCUGACAUUAGUGUGCUUGAUAAUGUGGUCGCGUCGCUGGCAGCGUGAACAGAAGAACGCUAUUGGCUCACCAAUAUUUGGUUACAUGAGCGCCGCACCGCUCAAAUCGUCCGCUCUACCGCAACCCGGAUAUCAGGUAACAUUAGAGGAUCGCAUGCGUUGGGCUCAAAUAGCAGACGUUAUGGCUCAAAGUAAUCAUUAUGCGGCUGAACCAAUUGGAGGACCGACCAGACCGUCUUCCGCCAUGUUUGCAUAUCCUAAUCUUCAGGCCCUUGCUAUCAGUAACACAAUAGGUGGUCUAUCAAUGCAAAGCAGUAUGCAGCAAAUGCAUCAAACUGGUCCUAUGGCGGGGGCACCACCAGUACCUUUACCGCGGUAUAAACGGGUUUUAUUAGAAAAAAAAGAUAACACUUUUGAUUUGAAUCCACAUUCUUCCAGAAGAUUGGGAUUAAGUUCACGUUCGAACGGUAUGCGUGCUUUGGAAAAUUCUAGUUCAAGUGAAGAAGAGGAUCGAACCGAUUUGCUGGGAAGAAAUUUUCAAGUACCCAGACCAAAGAGUCGAAGUAAUGGCAGCAUAACGAAUCAAUCCGGCAUUUAUUACGAUGUUGACUAUGAACCAUCGGGUAACGGGAUUGGCAGCACCAGCGUUGAUCGUCUUUAUGGUUCACAAAACCAGUCUACAACUCACUCACAUGUGAGUAGCAAUCAUAUACCAGGACCGCAGGGCAUACCUAUGAGCACUUACACUUCUGGCCGGGCACCAACUAGUUACUACAUGAAAUGAUUACCGCAAAAAAAUUCUUCAAGUAGCUAUUAUUCAAUGCCUAAUGUAAAUGAGUUAUUCAUCAAUAAAAAUUUGAUAAAUAGGUUAGAGAAAAAAAAAAAAAAGAGGAGGAAACGUUUUAAGAAAUUUUUAAAUUUGUGCUAAACUUACUUGUACGCAUACUCUAGUUAUUUAUUUAGUUAGAAUUUAAGAGAAGCUCUUUAAUUAUAAUAUACUAGUCCUUUAAGAGAAGUUUGUACAUAUAGUGUUAAAAAGAUGAAAUUUAAGACACCUUCAAUAAUAAUAACAUUACAUUACAUACAAUUGCAUAUAUCAAGCACUUUAAUUAACUGCUUAACACGUAAUAUUAGUAUAAAGAGUAACUUCUGUAGUAAGAUGAAAUAGUAAUAACAAUUUAAGCCUUAAACGAAUAUUUAUGCAAUUUUAGUUAUGUUAUGUCUGUCUGCUUUUUCUAUUGCUUAUGUAUAUAUUAUAUAGUCUCUUCCCUUCAAUACAAAAUAAAUAAUUCAAAUAUUGU